AUGUUGCAACAUCAAUUUGACAUUGAAAACGCGCAGGGAACAGAUGAAGUCGAGAAACGGGCAGCGAAUGUACUCUUUGAGAAAACAACGUUACAAGAGACGGAGAUAAAAGAGGUAGUUCGAGCCCUAUGCAGAUGGCCCAUUCUGUCUGUGAGUUAUCUUCGUUUAUCAAGAAAUGCGGAGGAAGUUUGCAUCGAUGACGAAUGGCUGCAGUUGGAGCGCAAUACGCGUUAUAAGCUGCAUUUCCAAUUCGACACUGAUGCAUACCUGACGCAAUGGUCCAAAGAGAAAACAGCUGGUUGGAUUAUCGUUUUGGGGGAAAAGGAUAAUGACCGGAUGAUAUCGUUGCAUCACUUGACCGCAAUUCAGAAUGGCCGUAGUGUUCGGAUGGACUUCGUCACUCCAGACAAAAGUGGGAGGUGCUAUAUGAGCCUCUUCAUUAUGUCCGACUGUUACCUAGGCAUCGAUCAAGAAUUACAAAUCAAAGCGGAUCUGAUCUGA